AUGUCUCUCAACAACGACAUUUUUCUCCUCAUCAGUGAGCACCUAGAUGACCAAAGCGAUCAACUCAAUCUUCUACUGGUGUGCCGUGAUUGGUAUUCGAUCUUCCUCCCGAAAGCAUACAAAACAAUCUCUGUUGACGCCCCCAAAAUCUAUCCUCUUUCCCGCGCCGUUCGAAACAAUCCUAGAAUAGGUACUGCCCUCCAAAAUCUGAGUGUUGAUUGGUACCACUCCAAGUCAGAACCUGGGAAUGAUUACGACGUCGAUGGGCUUGUGAAAACCUUGAAGCAAGCGGGCGACGCUGCAGAUGAUCUUGCCGCAUGGGAAGAAAGUCUGCAGACAGGAUGCCCUGAUGCCUGGCUCGCAGUGCUUGUGCUAUCGCUCGAGUCUAUCAAGAGUAUGACUCUAAGAUUUUCACACUCGCCCUAUUUCCUACCCAUGGUAACGCGAAUUGCCGCCAAUGGAAAUCUAUCCAGCCCGAAGCCAGUUCUCCAACUGCUAGAAAGCGUGGAUAUUUGGGAGGACGAUUCCAAGCAAUACUACCUGGCGCAUGAACUGCUGCCAUUCUUCUAUCUUCCCGCAAUGCGAGUGUUCACUGCAGGGGGAGUCUGUGAAGUUGACCCCGGUAUCGCAUCACUUAAGCCGGGGACCUCUACGAUCAGGAAAAUCGAUCUUGGUCGCUUUAAUACGAAUAACGGGGGCAAUGGCUUCGCCGAAUACAUCAUUUCGUGUGCCAAUUUGGAGAUCUUCGACUAUCAGCACGAUAACAAAAGCAUAUGGGGUGAAGUCUACACAGACUUUUGCCCUCUUCUAUUCUACAACGCACUAUGUUCCCAAAAGCACAGCCUUCGGGAACUUCGAUUGAAUAAUAAUGGAGAGACUACAGAGAGCGGGUUUGAUGAAGACACUGAGGAAUUUAAUGGGUUUGGAUCUCUAGCCGAAUUCCACCAGCUACGUGAGCUUCGGAUGCCAUUACGCACACUUUUGCAAUUUGGCUCAAGCGAUCGGCCGAAAGUAUCUCUCCUAGAGGUUCUUCCACCAAGCCUAGAAUUCCUCCAGCUUGCUCGCUAUCACGAGGAGGACUUCGACAUUGUCAAUAAGAAUCUUCAGACUGUGCUAGCGCAACGAGAGCGGCUCCCGAAUCUCAAAAGAAUUGAGAUCCAGCCUUACACUUUGGUGAUGACCGCAGGGGCUAUCCUUCACUCAACGAACUUUAGAGUUCAAGAGUCAACACAACAAUCCUUCUUGCCAUUUGGCAUGGCCUGUCGUGAAAUGGGAAUUCAGUUUGGCUUCAGCAAGGAGGGCAGCUGUAGCCUUAUCACUGUAUGA